AUGUCAUUUAGGGUUUUCAAGGGCUUCAGGGCACUCUUAGCUCCAGCCAAAUCUGCCACUGCAUCCAAAUCGACGGCUACAAAGACAACUGCAGCGAAGCCAAAGCCUAAGCCAAAACCAAAGGCGACUUCUACUACUCCAAAAGCACCCACGGGAAUACUCAAGCCAAAGCCUGUCUCUCCUGUUCUCAGUGAAUUCUUAGGUGGAGUCCAUGAGGCUUCUCGCACUGAUGCUGUAAAGAAGAUCUGGUCGCACAUCAAGCUCCACAACCUCCAGAACCCCACAAACAAGAGGGAGAUCUUUUGUGAUGCAAAGCUAAAGACCCUUUUUGAUGGGAAAGACAAGCUUAUAACAUGCUCUGAUAAUGUGAUUGAUGACACAAUAUUACAAAAGUUGCUUGUACUUUUCCGAAAGGCAAAAACUGUUUACGGUGAGAGUUGUUUAAAGUGCUUUUUGGACAUGUAUAAUCAGCUUUUUGAUUGCAGUGGUGACCUAUUUGUUAAGCUAAGUUCACUUCUGAUUCAAAUUAUGAUGGAACGAUUACAACACAUGAUGACAGUUGAUAAAUUUGUUCCUGAAGGGAACCAUUGGUCAAGCAAUGAGAAAGUGCGUCCGUUGUACUCAGCAAGGCAAAGUGGAGCUGAAGGCCAUAAAUCUUUUAACAAGAGAUGCCAUAUUUAUACUGCACGUAAAAUCAAGUAUACUAAACUGAAUGUAUCGGAACUGAGCUCUGCAAUGACGGGCAGACGAGAUGAACUCUCUCACUGGACGUCAGGCGGUUUAGAGCAUAGGUCGUACAAUGCUGGCGAGUAA